GGCACUGCGCAUGUGCAGGUGUCGCUGUCUCCCCGCUCCUCGGCUGCCGGGCGGACGGCCUGCGCGGUCAAGAUGGCGCUCACCAGUUUUUUGCCAGCUCCAACCCAGCUGUCCCAAGAUCAGCUAGAACUAGAAGAAAGAGCAAGAGCUCAGAGAUCCAGGCAGAAUGCUCUGGCCUCCUCACAAAGGGAACCUCCCCCAUAUGGUUACCGGAAAGGAUGGAUACCUCGUGCACUAGAGGAUUUUGGAGAUGGGGGUGCCUUCCCAGAAAUUCACGUGGCCCAAUAUCCAUUGGAUAUGGGCCAAAAGAAGAAAAUUUCCAAUGCUUUGGCUCUUCAGGUGGAUGCAGAAGGAAAAAUAAAAUACGAUGCAAUUGCUCGGCAAGGACAGUCAAAGGACAAGGUUAUUUACAGCAAGUACACAGAUCUUGUGCCAAAAGAGGCCAUGGAUGUGGGUGAUCCUGAACUGCAAAGACCAGAUGAGGAGGCAAUUAGAGAGAUAACAGAGAAGACAAGAGCAGCCUUGGAGAAAUCAGUCUCCCAAAAAGUUGCAGCAGCCAUGCCAGUUCGAGCUGCUGACAAACUAGCUCCUGCACAGUACAUUCGGUACACACCAUCUCAGCAAGGAGUUGCAUUCAACUCUGGAGCAAAACAGAGAGUUAUUCGGAUGGUGGAAAUGCAGAAGGACCCUAUGGAGCCUCCAAGAUUCAAAAUCAACAAGAAGAUUCCACGAGGACCACCAUCUCCUCCAGCACCUGUAAUGCACUCUCCAAGUAGAAAGAUGACUGUGAAAGAGCAGCAAGAGUGGAAAAUUCCUCCAUGCAUUUCAAACUGGAAAAAUGCAAAGGGUUACACCAUUCCAUUAGAUAAACGUCUGGCUGCAGAUGGCAGAGGAUUGCAGACUGUCCAUAUUAAUGAAAACUUUGCCAAACUUGCUGAGGCGCUCUAUAUUGCUGACAGAAAGGCUCGUGAGGCAGUAGAGAUGCGUGCCCAGGUGGAGAGGAAGAUGGCUCAGAAAGAAAAAGAGAAACACGAGGAAAAGCUCCGAGAAAUGGCUCAGAAAGCCAGGGAGAGAAGAGCAGGGAUCAAAACCCAUGUUGAAAAAGAGGAUGGAGAAGCUAGAGAAAGAGAUGAAAUCAGACAUGACAGGCGCAAAGAGAGACAGCAUGACAGAAACCUUUCCCGGGCAGCUCCAGAUAAAAGGUCAAAGCUGCAAAGAAAUGAGAACAGAGAUAUUAGUGAAGUUAUUGCCCUGGGGGUACCAAACCCCAGGCCAUCCAAUGAAAUCCAGUAUGACCAGAGGCUGUUCAACCAGAGCAAGGGUAUGGACAGUGGCUUUGCUGGAGGAGAGGAUGAAAUUUAUAAUGUUUAUGACCAGCCUUGGAGAAGUGGCAAGGAUAUGGCCCAAAACAUCUACAGGCCAAGUAAAAAUCUAGAUAAGGACAUGUAUGGUGAUGAUCUAGAGGCUCGAAUCAAGACCAACAGGUUUGUUCCUGACAAAGAGUUUUCUAACUCAGAUCGUAACACCAGAGGCAGGGGCAGAGAUGGACCAGUUCAGUUUGAGGAGGAUCCAUUUGGUUUGGACAAGUUUCUGGAAGAAGCUAAGCAACAUGGUGGUUCUAAACGGCCAUCAGACAGCAGCCGCCCUAAGGAACAUGAGCAUGAGAGCAAGAAGAGGAGGAAGGACUGAAUGCCUCUGCUCCUUGAGAGGUAGGGAAAUGGACUGCAAGCUUGGACUUCAUGCAAAAGGAUUUUUAAUAUUAGGUGUACAGGAGGAUGGCGUUGUAUCACAGCAGUUCACAACUCUGGCCGUGUGGAUAUAUGUACACGCACUAACUUUUCUAUAUAGGACAGCUACCCAAGGAGAGAGAAGACAUGGAGACCACUUUGAAACAUUUCAUAAGGGAAUGAAUUAUUCUUUAGCAAUUCUCUGACUUUGCUGAUUCUCCAUUGCCCAGCAUCUCAGGGUCAGAAUGUAGCCCCCUUCCUACAGCUUUAGUUUUUUUGUAGGUAGCUGAAGCUUUGACUUGAUCUGUUAGGAGCUUUCCUGCUGUAUAUAAUGAUCGUCUUAUGCUUUAACAGAUGCUGGGGUGUUAAUAAUUCAGUGUUUUAGUGUGGCUAUACAGUUUAUUUGAACAAGGAGGGGAAACAGCUGGAUUCUGUUUUAAAACAAGUACUCAGUCAUAGUUUCUCAGUAAUCUUUAUUUUAGUUUCUUUACAUUUAGUGAAAUAAAGCCUCCUUCCACCACUCAUUCACUUUGAGUCUUUCUUUGACUGCGUCUUCUACGGAUCUGCUGUUUGAGAGCGAGCUGAAAACAAUGGAAAUUAUUGAAAUUAGCUAGGCAAUAAAGUUUGUUAUUUUUCAUUUCUGAUUACUGAGAACAUUAAUACAUACAGCAGAAGAUGCAUUUAUAACUGAUUCAGUUUAAUAAGCCCCAAACCAGAGCUUUCCUGGCAGGAAAGUUGAAUAUAUAUCCACAGCAUUUGAUAGUAGGUUGUACCAGCAAAAUGCAUCUUAAAAGCUUGUGCUUUCAACUGGGAAUAAUAAAAAGUAACUGUCUAAACCUAACCUAGAAAAAAGUGGGGAAAAGUGCUCAUGUAUUCUAGAGAAGCCUGCAUUUUUUAAGAAAUUAAAGUAACUACUGCUUGCCUUCUGCUUUUUAUUUCACUAUAAAGAAGCCUCUUAGCUUGCACCUUUUGUGAGGGUAUAGUCUUUGAAGCCUAGGUAGUUAAAUGCGUGUGGCUAUCCUUACAUCUUCAAGAACAAAAAGCAGCAAAAAUUUCCAGGAAAUUGACACUAAAUACUAUGCUAUUUCUAGUACCUAAUUUGAUAAUUGCUUACAGGUAACAUCCUAGUUGAGCACAAUUUAUGAAGGAGCAGCCUACUGCCACUCUAAUCACAGUUUAAGAAGUCUUAAUUUCUGCUCCCAUUUUUGUACCACAGUUGGAAUUUGCAGGUUGGUUCUUCUUGGGAAUAGGUACUGAAGUAGCCCCAACCAAUGAUGACUUAGGCAGUAAUAUGAACCAAACCAUGGCAAGGAAAAUACCACAAUCAAAAUACUGCAUUGCUGAAGUCUCUCAUUAAUUCCUUUUACUAUCUCCUAGCAUUUAAAGUCUCAAAAUAAGAAAUUAGUUAUUGAAAGGAUAUUGAAGAAUUCUAAUAAAUUAAUCAAAGGCUUGAACUGAUUGAGCAACAGGCAGGCUGGUGUAUCAGACACAGGGUUUCACUCUCUACUACGCCAUUUAAGUAAUUUUAUCAGCUGAAGAACAUGUAAAUCUGUAAGAAAAUCCCCUAUUUAGGGAACAUACCAGAUGUGUGUUUCCAAUUAUUUUGAUAUGACAGCUGUUAAUAAAAUGGCUUUUGGCA